UGAACGAUGUCUGCCUCCACAACAUAAACUAAGUAACGGGGGUACUCUCCUGCGUCCCAGUCCCCACCUCCGAAGGGAUCAUUACAAUCCCAAAAGAAGCAGAUAAAGCAACACCUCCUUGUCCCCCCUUUCUUGCCCUCAUCGCCCGUUUGCAGUCUUUGCUCGCCUUAUACACUCCCCCCUAAAGCGCAUCCUGCUCCCAUCCCAAAGCAGACGAUGGAUUCCGUUCGCUUCCCCAGUCUCCUCCUCCUCUUCUUCUUCUUCUUCCGCUAUUCGACGGUGGUGGCUGCAGCAGGCAUCAGCAGCACUAGAAACGGCGACCAGGAGUGGCGAUCCGCUACAGCCACCUACACCGAAGGAAAAGCCACCGCCACCGGUGCGGGGCAAGCGGGUGCUUGUGGCUUCGGAGAGCUCAGCGAGUCGGGCUACGGUUUUAACAGCGUCGGGGUGAGCAGCGCGCUGUUCGAGAGAGGCAGCGCCUGCGGCGGUUGCUUCGAGCUGCGGUGCGUCGACCACAUCCUUUGGUGCCUCAACGGGAGCCCCUCCUUGGUGGUCACCGCCACCGACUUCUGCGCCCCCAACUACGGCCUGCCCGGCGACUACGGCGGGUGGUGCAAUUACCCGAGAGAGCACUUCGAGAUGUCGGAGUCCGCCUUCCUGCACAUCGCAAAGACCACGGCCGACGUCAUUCCCGUUCAAUACCGAAGGGUGGAGUGCCACAGAAAGGGAGGGAUGAGGUUCACCAUGACAGGGAAGUCCUACUUCUACCAGGUGCUCAUCACGAACGUGGGCUCCGACGGCGAGGUCGCAGCGGUGAAGGUGAAAGGGUCGAGGACGGGGUGGAUACCGAUGGGAAGAAACUGGGGGCAGAACUGGCAGUGCGACGCCGACCUGCGCGGCCAGCCGCUGUCGUUCGAGGUGACCAGCGGCCGCGGGAGGGCGACCACCUCCUACAACGUCGCCCCCUGGAACUGGCAAUUCGGGCAGACAUUUGAAGGGAAGCAGUUCCUGCCAUAGAUGACGACGGCGCAGCUUCUCGGCAUCGGCACAGAUGAGGGGAUCGUCGAUGCAUUCACUUGUUUAUGUUACAGUGGGAGUUGGGCAGAUGCAUUCAUUUGGACCGACAGAACUACGCAGAUUUUCCUUUCAUUGGGUAAGAAUACCGCGCGCCGCCAGAGAUGAAAAUGCGUCCAAAACAUAUAAAUCGAUGGAAGAUCGUCCAACGGGCAUCUUAUUAUUCUUACGCGAGGUGAGUGCACCCGAAUUCCAGAGAGACUCGCGUGACUGUCUGGUGAGCGUACCGCAACUUAUUAUUUCCGGUGAUAAAGUCACACGCAUGACCAGUCUCAAAAGUAAAGUACAGCGCCCGGUGUGUGUACCGCUU